AUGGUCGCGAUCAAAAUCUGUGCCGAGAAAGUACCACACGAACGAGCACUAGACAUUGAGACUGACUCUAAAUAUGUCAUCGGAGAAACAAUAACAUACCUGAAGAAGAGAGAAGACUCAGGCUACAUAGCAGUUGCCAACCGCGAAAUCGCAAAGGCGACAGUGGCUGCGCUACGAAUGCGCCCCAAGAACACAAGCAUGAAAUGGAUCAAAGGUCAUAAUGGACAUGAAAGGAAUGAAGGAGCCGAUCGGAAAGCUGCGGAGGCCGUUAAGAAAACGACGUGCGACGAUGUGCCGCUAGAGAUCCCCCCCACUCUGAAAGUAACCGGGGCAAAACUGUCCAAAAUGACCCAAAAACUAGCAUAUAAAGCGAUCCGAGAAACCAAAAUGAAAGAAUACCGAGUACGUGAGAGAGCCGCGAGGAACAUAGAACUAGUGCAAGACGCCAGUAAAUCCAUCUUUAAUAAACUGCCCUCCCCCGCCAGGAUAUGGAAAUCAAUUCAGAACAAAGACAUAGCCAGAGAAACGCGGUACUUCCUAUGGAUGGCAAUGCAUGACGCAUACAUGCUAGGUGACAAAUGGCUUCGCCCAAGUUGCCCCGCGGACUUGAGAGAGAGGAGCGUGUGUGCACACUGCGACAAAAUAGAAUCAAUGGAACACAUACUAACGGAGUGCCGAGCAUCGGGACAAGAAGAAAUAUGGUCACUCGCCUGCAACCUGUGGAAGAAAAAGAACACAGAGAUAAAUUUACCGUCACACCUGGUGGGUGCCAUACUCGGAAGCCAGUGCACAGAGAUCAGGAACAGUAAAGGGAAAAUCAAACGGGGACAAACACGACUAUACCGGAUCCUAAUCGCAGAAUCUGCGCACUUGAUAUGGAAAAUGCGGUGCCAGAGAGUAAUCCGCGACGGUAACCAGCCAAAAACACGCCGGGAAGUAAGGAACCGAUGGAAGGCGGCGAUUAACGCGAGGCUAAAGCUAGAUUGCCGCUUGGCGGACCGAGCAAGUUUUGGCGCCAAAGCAGUAAACAGAGACCUGGUCCUAGAGACGUGGUCCGGCACACUGCAAAACGAAAACCUCCUACCCGAAGACUGGGUAGGAUGGAGCGGGGUUUUAGUGGGUAUGGACCCAGAUUAA